GCAUCGUCGUGUAACAAGAGCCUGCGCCUUCUCGCAGCUUUCCUACUCUUCCACUGCCAUCAGUGCGCUCAUCAGAUUUCCCCUGCUCAUUCACAGCAUUUCUGCAAAUUAGUAUGACAGAAUUUACAUCUGAAAAGUCAGGCAGAGCUUCCAGAGGCUGAGGCAGGACCAGAGCUCCAGGCCACUCCCUGCCAGGAAGCACUUCCUCUCCGCAGUCUCGUCUACCCCAGGGAUGCUCCUCUGCUAGGCAGAGGUUGUGACAUUACAAGAAAUGGCUUCAACGAUUGUUUCCCAACGUAACCAGGGUGAUGCCUACCUGCAGCCCUUGAUGGUGGGGUCUGUGAUGAGAAAGGUGAAGUCACGGUCCCGUAAUAAGCAACGCUACUUCAAACUGCAGGAGGAUGGUGUGAGCAUUUCUGAACUGUCCAAAGAGGAUGGAAAAGCCCAUUUGACAUUCUCAGUAGGGGACCUAGACGCAGUGCGGGAGGGGCACCAGUCUGAGGUUUUGCAGUGCGUUGCAGAUGAGUUCCACGCAGAGCGCUGCUUCACACUGGUGUUCCAGGGUCGCCGUGGCAACCUGGACCUGGUGGCAGAGUCAGCAGGAGAGGCACAGGCCUGGAUCAAGGGCGUGCGAAAGCUGAUGGAACACCUGAAAAGCAUGACACCGAAGGAGAGACUCGACCAUUGGAUCGGGGACUGGUUUCGAAAGGCAGAUAAGAACAAGGAUGGACGGAUGAACUUCAAGGAGGUGCGGGACUUGCUGAAGAUGAUGAACAUAGACAUGAACGAACACCAUGCCCUCCACCUCUUCAGGUUGGCGGACAGAUCCAAGUCAGAGACGCUGGAGGACGAAGAGUUUGUGCUAUUCUACAAGAUGCUGACGAAGAGGGAGGACGCACUGCGAGUGUUUAAAGAUUAUUCCGGGGACGGGCAGAAGCUGAGCCUGCUCGACUUGGAGGACUUCCUGCGAGACGAGCAGCAGGAGAGGGAGAGCAGCCAGAAACGCGCCCUGGAGGUUAUCAACAAAUACGAGCCAUCUGAAGCAGCCAAAAAGCUUCCGGGCAUGUCCAUCGAUGGAUUCCUCAUGUACCUGAACUCAGCUGAGGGCUCCAUCUUCAACCCCCAUCUGCAGGGCAUCUACCAGGAUAUGAGCCAGCCCCUUUGCCACUACUUCAUCUCCUCUUCACACAACACCUAUCUGCUGGAGGACCAGCUCAUAGGCCAAAGCAGUGUGGAGGGAUAUAUCCGGGCCCUGAAGCGAGGCUGUCGGUGCGUGGAGCUGGACUGCUGGGAUGGCCCCAAUGGAGAGCCAAUCAUCUACCACGGACACACCUUCACCUCCAAGAUCCUCUUUAAAGAUGUUAUCAUAGCUGUGGAAAAGUACGCCUUCAGGGUAUCAGAGUACCCCCUCAUCCUGUCCAUGGAGAACCACUGUGGUGUUGAGCAGCAGGGAGUAAUGGCACAGCAUCUCCAUCACAUCCUGGGCGAGAAGCUGCUGAGCAGCCCUGUAGACAGCAAGUUUCCCGACAGGCUGCCUUCUCCACAGGAGCUGAUGGGUAAGAUCCUGAUUAAGGGAAAGAAGAUCGUGAGAGUGGAGGAGACUCCCAGCAGAGGGGGCAGGGUGGAGGCGAGUCCAGGCAGAGAGGGUAGGGUUGAAGAGAGUCCCAGCAAUGGGGGCACAGUUGAGGAGAGCCACAACAGAGGCGGCAGGGUGGAGGAGAGUCAGAACAGAGGGGGCAGCAAGGUUGAGAGUCAGAACAGAGUAGGCAGGGUGGAGGAGACCCCCAGCUGUGGGGCCAGGGUAGAGGAAAGUCUACCCAGAGGGGGGAAGGGGGAGAAGAGUCCCAUCAGAGCAGGCAGGGUAGAGAGCCCCAGCAGAGGAAACAAGGUGGAGAAGAAUCAGAACAAAAUGGCAGAGGAGUCCCUGGCUGCUGAAGUGAGUGAUGAGGAAGAGGACAUCGCUGGGGAGAACUCACACCAGGCUGACAACCACACGCCCAAGCUGAUGUGUGUUGAGCGUCUGGCCCAAAAUGGCUGCCGUGCAUCUGUGGUAGUGGUUCAGAUCUGUAAACAGCAUCUAUCCAGACAGCUCUCAGACUGUGUAGUGUAUUGCAAGAGUGUCCAAUUCACCAGCUUUGAGCAUUCUCGCCUUCAUUCCAAGUUCUACGAGAUGUCGUCCUUCACAGAGUCCAAGGCUCGGAAACUCAUUCACACUGCAGGAGCUGAUUUUGUGCAACACAAUGCCAGGCAGCUGACCAGGAUUUACCCUGGGGGCCUCCGAACCGACUCAUCCAACUUCCAUCCACAGGAUAUGUGGAAUGCAGGGUGCCAGUUAGUCGCUCUAAACUUCCAGACAGCUGGGGAGGAGAUGGACCUAAAUGAUGGUCUGUUCAGCCAAAACGGUCGCUGUGGCUAUGUCCUGAAACCAAAGUUCCUGAGGAACUGUGACAGGAGGUUCGACCCAGAGAGCCCUCAGGACCGUGAGGAAUACCAACCCAUCCGGCUUGACAUACAGGUGAUAAGUGGACAGCAGUUUCCGAAAGUGGGCAAAAAAGAGGGCUCCAUUGUUGACCCAUUGGUGAGAGUAGAGGUCCAUGGGGUGCCAAUGGACCAGGCCAACCAGGAGACCAGACAUAUCGAUAACAACGGAUUCAACCCACUGUGGUAUGACACAGUGCAGUUCCUUCUCCAUGCUCCAGAGCUGGCUCUAGUGCGCUUUGUAGUGGAAGAUUAUGACCACACGUCAAAGAAUGAUUUUAUCGGCCAGUACACCCUACCGUUCACAUGCAUUCAGCCAGGAUACCGUCAUGUCCCCCUGUUGUCCAAAGAUGGCACUAGUUUAUCGCCCUCCUCCUUGUUUGUGCACAUCAGGAUCACAAAGCUCACAGGAGGAAGACUGAAUGAUCCGUGACCUCCUGCAGUGCUUUGGGAACAUGGUUUAGUUUCACACACAGUACUUUCCCUAGGACUGCAAGACAUGCCUGUACCUCCCCUGCUAUGCCUACACUUAUGUGUAUAUCUACCUCCCCUGUAGACCUGUGUGUAUAUCGAUGUGCAUAUCUAUGUCUAGAUCAUGAACAAUUAACUGCCAAAAUAAAGCAACCAUAUUGUCCAUG